UUGUUGUGAUGGAGGACGAAGACUGUGAGACGGAAUACCCAAAGGACUUCACCACUAACAGGAAGCUCCAUCGGGCAGCCAGAAAGGGAAACGUUCGAAAGUUGAGAAAACUCUGCAAGUCAGGUGUAAACCCUGACGCUGUAAAUGAACAAUGCCAGAGUCCCUUGUUCGUAGCUGCCUUACACAACAGAGAAAAGGCUGUUCAAUUCCUGAUUUCCACUGGUGCUGAUCCUAAUCAUGCUUGCUAUGAUGGUAGUACCCCCAUGCAUGCGGCCUGUCUCUCCUGCUCUCCGAGUAUUCUCUGCAUCUUGGCCGAUGCCGGUGGAAACAUCAAUCACCAUGACAACCGAGGUCUCCACCCUCGAGAUUGGAUAUCCUAUCAGGAAGAGAUUGACAAAAGAUUCAAGAUGAGGAAGUUCCUUGAGGCAAUGAAGCUGUAUGCUGUUGGUACCGCCGGGGAUGAGAAGCUGAGGAGAACGGCUCGUUCCAGGUGGGAUGCUUUUACAAACAAUAUUCAACAGUUUCCAGAGCGCAGAGGAAGGCAAUGGAGAAGAAGAAGAUGGUUUACCGACUCUCCUGAGCAUCGCUUCAGACCAAGGGUUCCUGAAAGCGUAACAACCUUCUUCCGGAGGCUGCGGAAUAUUGACUGGACCAUGGUAGCUACGUGCUUCCGAUUUGUCCAGCAUGAGGAGGUGGACAUAACACAGAGGGAUACGUUGAGAAGCAAAGAUGUCAUGAAAGUUCAGAUGGAACCAGAGAAACAGGCUGAAGCCAAAGGCUGCAAGGUCCAACUUUCCGACUCCACCUACCCCGUCUUGACCCUCUACGUGGACGAGAAACAUGGGAAGCUUACGUCGACCAAGGAGAAGGAAGACCUACGACACCACGACCUGAUGGAGAUCACUGAGGAGUUUAGUUCACCAGGACAGGGCGAUGAUCACCUGAAGGACGAAACGGGUGAUGGCAAUCUUGCAGAGAAGGGCAAGAUGCCAUCUGCAAUUGAUUUUGAGGGUAGUCUCCAAGGUCUCCAGAAUGGUCAUGUUGGGAGAGGGGUGACUGAUGAUCCACCACGUGUUGAUAAAAAGAAGUCUCCUGCCAUUUCUGCGUGUAAGGAGCUGUCAGCAGAAAAGUACGAUCCUUGCCAUGAGAGUGAACGGGAUACAUUAGAUGACGACAAUGUUGAUAGGUCUUCGACAUCCUCAGAUGACAGUUGCAAGAACAGGAUGAUGGAGAUCUUAGAGGAUGCAUUCAAACUAGAGCUAGCACCCAAGGUCUCAGCUCUCAUGGCGGACUACUGCGACAGCACCCAAGGAAGCAACGCCGCUCAGGAGUCUUUCGACGUCGACUUCCAGUCCUACCACGAUGACGACCCAGAUGAGGUGGACGUUGAUGCCGUCAAGCGGGUUGGCAAUGGUGAGGUAGGUGGAAACUUACACCAGCAGGAUGGCCCUUGCCCUGCAGGAGAUCCGCAGGAGGGCGACAAUCACCGGGAUGACUUUGAAGCAGGUGAAAUCAAAAUCGAUGGUCUCAUGCUGAAGGAUGUGAUCAGCAGUUCAUCUGACGACGACGAGGACGAUCGCAAUUUCAUCAAGGAAGGAAGGUAUAUAGAUGUCCAGAAGAUGCUUACGGCCAAUCUUGAGAUGGUCUUCCCGGAGACAGUGGGCCAUUCCCCAACCUCUCCUUGUGACCUGAACAACAACACAGAGGCAAGGAAACACCAAGAAGAUGGGAAAGAAGGUGACGUCACUGCAGGAAGCUCGCUCUAUCAAGUUUCAGCCCUCAAUGACGCUGCAUUCAUCAGUGAUCUCUCCCUCGAGGUCAACGUCAACGAAAGCAUCAAGUUGUCCCUUGAAAGCGUUCCCCAGCCGCAAGAGGGCAAUGACGUCAGGACUGGAGAAGGGGAUUUAGAGGAAGGAGAGGAUGAUCCGUUGGGAGAUAAGUCACUUCAUUUAGCACUAGCCAAGCUCGAUCUGACACAGGCAGAAAAGGACGAGGUCCAAGAGUGGUUUGGAGGACACGGCAGCGUGCGCAACCUCAUACACAACUAUGAAUCCAAGAUACAAGAGAUACAGUGCGAGACGCUCCGAUCUAACGUGACUAGCCUUGGCGCCCUCUUGAGGCGAGAGUAUGGCAUGUUGGAUCAAGGAAAUGCCCACGAUGCAAGGCGGUGUGUGAGCGAUACGGCAGCGCUGCAUCGGCAUCAGCCGACCGAGCCACACGCUACAACUUCAGAAUGCCCAAGAGUGAUGCCAUCCCAGGACACCAGGAAAGCCCCGCCUGUUAGUGUCGGCAUGGAGAUGGAUUCGGAUGACUCCUGGCUCUGGCCUGCCAGCGGGGAGGAGGAUGCAACCUUUGAGGAGCAGCUACGUUGGAGCAUGGAGGUCAUCGGCCUCGAAGACGAUGAUGGAGAGACAGGUGCAGAGAGUGGCAGAGGGGAUGCAGAUAAGCAACUUGAAGUAGAUCAGAAGAGGCUUGUAUCCCCACCCCCUCCUACCUGCACCCCAGAGGAGCACUCGCCACGCCCCAUCCCAGACACCCAAGCAGAUAACAGUGCCGCAAGUCAUGUCAACAACUCAGGUGACUGUGAAACCACAGAAGAAACAGCAGCAGUAGAGCUCCGCAAAGCCUUGACGCCGCCCUUUCCAUCCCCGGCCACCUCCCCUAGAGCGGAGGCAGAACUCACAUCCAAAUUCAGUCCCCCGAGCGUGGUCGGUAAGAAACUGAUCAAGAUCGAUGUGAUGAGAUCUCCCACUGUGGAAGCAAUUCAGAACACUUCUGAUUAGCUUGAAGAAAAGUGCUGACCUAUGAUGACAAAAGGGUGCAAGUGACAAAAGGACAUUCUUUUUUAAUUGUAUAAUAUCGGUGAUAUACAUGCACACUUAUAGAGAGGAAGUUCUUUGAGGAUGGAGGGGGGAAUUGUGUUUACCACUAUGUGUUAUUUAUAUCAUCAUUAUUGUUUAUCUUGAACUUGGUUGAAAUAAUCUUUUCUGACAAACCAAGCAAGAGUUAAAUGCAAUUUUGAUGUUUUUCUCUCCUUUUUUCUCUUUCUAUAAUGAUUUAUACUAAAUGAACCAUUUAUUUAUUCACAUUUUUGAUAUUAUUCAAUGUAUAAUGCAAGCACAACUGUACUAUUGCAUCUUUAAUCUCUUAGUUGUCAUAUUAGUUUUCUUGCCAGUAUAUUUUUUUACAACUUUAUGAUUGCCAUUGUUGCAAUAUUACCUCAAUCAACAACUUUGCCAUGUUUUGCCAUACUUCCUUAAAGUGAAAAUUUCAUCAAAAUAAUUAGAAUGUAAUUAUCUUGCCAAAACUUGUUGACAUUGAAUAUUUCAACUGUUACUCGUUCUGUGUUUACUGUACAUCAUCUUCCAAGUGUCCAUGUUCUUCUGUUUUACUGAUUGCAUUAUGAAUUAUAUUGUAUAUAUAGUAUUUAAUUUAAGUUUGAGUUUCCAAUAUGUAGAUAGCUUAUCAAAAAUUGCUUUUCUAACGAAAUAUAAAUUAAAUAUAACCAUUUAUGUAAUCUAAGUUUUUGCAUUCUUUCAUUCAUAAACAUACACAAUCGAAUGAGUACUUGGGAGGCAAUUAUCUUGCCAAAACUUUACUUGUGAAAUAUUUCCAACUGUUAGUAUGUUCUCUUCUCUUCUUUUUUUUUAGCUAAAUAGCAUUUGAUAAAUGUCAGUAUUCUUAUGAGAUUGUACAUAUUGUAUAUCAAAGUAUUAGAUAUUUUCUAUUUUGUAAAUAUCUUCUCAAAAUUCACCUCUCUGAC